GCCACGCUCGCCCGCCCAGGACGCGCUUCCGAACGCGCAAGCGCAGUAGGCCCAGUGCGUGCUGGCGGUGGGUGGCAGGGGCCGCAGAAGCUUGGGCUGCAGAAAAAGGAUCCUGUUUGCUGUGUAAUCCUGAGAAUGGACUGUAAGAGAGGAAAAACUGGGCGUCUGCUUGGGAAUCUAUUGUGGAAACCCAGGGUGUUUCCAGACCAGUCCCUGGGCGCCAACUAGAGUAUGGACUGACCAGGUACCUGGAUGGAGACCUGAGCUGGAGAAGGAGAUGCGCUUGGGAGGAAAUUGCAGAGGCCGUCAACAUGGAAAAGCAGCCCCAAAACAGCAGGAGAGGCCUCGCCCCCCGAGAGGUGCCGCCAGCUGUUGGGCUGCUGCUGAUCAUGGCCCUGAUGAAUACUCUGCUCUACCUCUGCCUUGACCACUUCUUCAUCGCUCCUCCACAAUCCAUUGUGGACCCCAGACACUGUCCCUAUGGUCACUUCAGGAUAGGACAGAUGAAAAACUGCUCACCUUGGCUGUCCUGCGAGGAGCUCAGAACAGAAGUGAGACAGCUGAAGCGUGUUGGGGAAGGAGCUGUGAAGAGAGUCUUUCUGUCUGAGUGGAAGGAGCACAAAGUUGCUCUCUCACGGCUCACCAGCCUGGAGAUGAAAGAUGAUUUCCUCCAUGGACUGCAGAUGCUGAAAUCUCUACAAGGCACACAUGUUGUCACGCUGCUUGGCUAUUGUGAGGAUGACAACACUAUUCUUACUGAAUAUCACCCUCUAGGUUCCUUGAGUAACCUGGAAGAAACACUAAACCUUUCAAAGUACCAAAAUGUGAACACGUGGCAGCACAGGCUGGAGCUGGCCAUGGACUAUGUCAGCAUCAUUAAUUACCUGCACCACAGCCCCGUGGGCACGCGGGUCAUGUGCGACUCCAAUGACCUGCCGAAGACACUGUCCCAGUAUCUGCUAACAAGCAACUUUAGCAUUUUGGCAAAUGACUUGGACGCCUUACCCCUGGUGAACCACAGCUCCGGGAUGCUGGUGAAGUGCGGUCACAGGGAGCUGCAUGGGGAUUUUGUGGCUCCAGAGCAACUGUGGCCCUAUGGAGAGGACGUGCCUUUCCGCGAUGAUCUCAUGCCCUCAUAUGACGAGAAGAUUGACAUUUGGAGGAUCCCAGACAUCUCCGGUUUCCUUCUGGGGCACAUUGAAGGGAGUGAUAUGGUCCGAUUCCAUUUGUUUGAUAUUCACAAAGCAUGCAAGAGUCAGACUCCCUCAGAAAGACCCACUGCCCAGGACGUUCUGGAGACCUACCAGAAGGUCUUGGAUACACUUAGAGAUGCCAUGAUGUCUCAGGCAAGAGAGAUGCUGUGAAAACCAGUCCAGCCAAUGAAGGUGGGAUUGAAGGGCUGAAUGGAAGUUACAGCAUUCUACUCUGAUGGUGGAGUUUUUUGCCUGAGUUUCGUGUUUUAUUGUUUUUUAUGGCUUAGCCAUGUGGUUCGUUGUCCACAUCCACAUGUAUGUUUGUAUGUAUUCCACAUACAUACAAUAAUGCAGAUUAAGUCUGAUGUUUCUGUCUAGAUGAUCUGUCCAGUACUGAAAGUGAAGCAUUAAAAUCCCCUGCCUUUUUUGGUAUUAGGAUCUGCCUCUCUCUUUAGCUCUAAUAGUGUUUGUUUAUACAUGUGAGUGCUUUGGUAUUGGGUGCAUAUAUAUUUAAAAUUGUUACAUCCUUUUGCUGAAUUGAUCCCUUUAUCAUUAUGUAAUGAUCUUCUUUGUCCCUUUUUAUGUUUUCUGACUUAGUCUAUUAUGUAUAAGUAUAGCUACUCCUGCACAUUUUUGGUUUAAAUUUGCAUGGAAUAUUUUUUUCCAUCUGUUCACUUUCAGUCUUUAUGUGUUUUUACAUGUGAAGUGAGUUUGUUAUAGGUAACAUAUAGUUGAAUCUUUUUUUUUUAAAAUCCAUUCAGCCAGUCUAUUAUUUUAAUUGGAGAAUUUAAAUUAUUUACAUUCUGGGUUUUUAUUGAUAGGUGAGGACUUAGUCCUGUGCUUUUGUUUUCUGAUUAUCUUGUAUAUAUUUUUUCCUAUCUUUUAAAUUUAUUUUUAUUUUUUAUUUUGAGACAGAGUGUGGCUGUGUCUCCCAGGCUGGAGUGCAGUGGCAGGAUCUCGGCUCACUGCAACCUCUGCCUCCCAAGUUCAAGCAAUUCUCCUGCCUCAACCUCCCAAGUAGCUGGGAUUACAGGGGCCCACCACCACACCCAGCUAAUUUUUGUAUUUUUAGUAGAGAUGGAAUUUCACCUAUCUUCUUUUGUAUUGUUUACUUUACAAUUUGGUGGUUUUUUUAAUAGUCAUAAUGUUUGAUUCCUUUUUCUCAUUUGUGUUUCUGCUCUACUAGUGAGUUUUAAGCCUUUGUUUGUUUUCAUGAUGGUAGGUACCAUCCUGUCUGAAGAUCAGAUGAGAUUGGGUGUGUUCAGGGUGGUAUUAAUGUGGGAAUGAAGGAGGACUGGAGAGACCAUGGGGUGAGAUAAGAGGAUUUUUAUUGAGUGCACUCAGACCCAGCUGAUUAACAUCCAAAAACUGGGCCCAGACAAAGACAGCACUUGACUUUUAUACACACUUCUAAAAGGGGGUGGGCUAGCUUGAAACAAGCUUACAGUGGUGUGAAGCAAAGAUACAGAGGCAGAACAAAGGCAGCUAAUCAAACUGUGACAGGUUCAUGAGCCAGGAUUACAUAUGACCCUUGCUGUGCAGCUCACAUGGCUGUUAUCUAGGCUUGCUCAAAAGAGCCUUGCAUGGGCUUAUCUCAUAACGUUUGCUAUGGCACCCAGACUGCCGCAGCCCAGGCCUGCUCAGGCAUGUCUUACAACCUUCACUGUGCUGCUUAGAUAAAACAGAGUACUUGAAGUUACUGGUUACAGAAAACAGGAAUAUAUAAACUCAUAUGUUUACUCAUAGGGGAAAGGAAAAUUUGUUUUCUUCUCCCUGUGUUGAGGGAGUGCUGGGAGAGUCUCCGGAGCACAUUCCUUUGAGCCUUUGCUUAUUUGAUAAUGUUAUCGAGGCUUUGCCUGGGUCCAGGCUUUGCCUGUUACUGCCUUUGGGAUGAGUCAGCCUAAUAUAGAAAGCUUGUUUUUCUCUUUUUAAUUUUAUUUUUCUUUCUUUAAUUUCCUGCCUCAGUAUGGUGUCUUUCUCUUCCAGAUGUAGGAUUCCCUUAAGCAUUUCUUGUAGGGCUGAUCUAGUUGUGAUGAUUUCCCUGUUUUUUUUUUUUUUGAGAUGGCGUCUUACUCUGUCACCAGGCUGGAAUGCAGUGGCACGACCUCUGUUCACUGCAAGCUCCGCCUCCCGGGUUCGCGCCAUUCUCCUGCCUCAGCCUCCCAAGUAGCUGGGACCACAGGUGCCCGCCACCACACCCGGCUGAUUUUUUGUAUCUUUAGUAGAGAUGGGGUUUCACCAUGUUAGCCAGGAUGGUCUCGAUCUCCUGACCUUGUGAUCUGCCUGCCUCAGACCUUGUGAGCCACCUGCCUCGGCCUCCCAAAGUGCUGGGAUUACAGGUGUGAGCCACCGUGCCUGGCCAGUAUUUUUUUUUUUAAACUAAAUUAUCAUUAAUGUUAAAAUUUAACAGACCGUGUAUAUAACUGUGCAAUUGCUGCUUUCUCACAGAACUGCCUAGGAUUCAUUCAGUAGACCACAGAAACGAGGUCUGGCAUUUAACAGACUAAUGAUAGAGGAAAUAAACUGAUUUAUACAAGAAUAUCAAAUACUGUCAUGUGGUUUAGUGUAGCUGAAGUUAUGAAUUAGUGCCAACUCUUGCUGCAGUGUCUCUGACACAAUUUUAUCUUGGAACUUGGCGAUUUAAGUUGACUUUCUUCACUGAAAAGAGUUCUUUCAUGAUAGUCUUCAUGAAUUGCUCAUAUAGCAGCUUAAUCUCUUUCAUUUGCUGUCUCCUAAAAAUGCUAACUUGUUGCCACUUCUUUUGUUGCUCUUGAAAUAUUUUAAUUAGUUUUUCUUCCUCUCCUCAGUCUUCUACAUGUCUAUGUUGUAUUCUUGAAGCAAAGUCAGCAACUGUAUAGGAUAUCUAUAAUUCCGUUUCUGCAUUUUGUGUUCUCAAAAUAACAUUCAGUUAUGUUCUCGGUGUUGAUGCAAGCUUUUUUAUACUUUUGAAGCCUUUUUCUUUUUGCAGCAAGACCCCGUUUAAUGGCAGCUACAAUUACUUGUAGUUCUCUACAUCAACCCCUUUGUCUUCCUCAUCUGUUCUGAAAAAGGUUUUCUUUCCCUGUGCUCAUCAGUUUCUGGAUCCUUUUCUCCAUGUUCCAUUUCCUGGGUGGGCAUGACCUGAGCCUCCAACUGGACCUUGGCAGCCCUCCUGUUGCUCCUCCUGCCUUGGGUGCAAUCGCUAGUUGUCCUGGGAUGCCAGAGGCGACUCCUCAACCCUGAGGGACCCUUGAUGGUGUUCCCUCACAGGACCUGUAUAAUGCCACACUGUGAGGCUCCUCUGAGGGCCUGGGGUCCUCCUCUCAGUUUUUACUUGUCUGGGAAAGACUUUAUUUGUCCUUCAAUUUUGAAGGAUAGCUUUACUUAGUUUAAUAUUCUUGGCUGGCAGUUUUUUUAAUUUCAGCACUGUAAUAUAUAUUAUCCCAUUCUUUCCUGACCUGUAAGUUUUUUUUUUUUUUUUAAACAGGAAAUUCUCUUAUAAGUGACUUGAUGCUUUACUUUUGCUGUUUUUAGAAUUCUGUCUUUGACUUUUGACAAUUUGAUUGUAAUGUGCCUUGUAGAAGACCUUUUUGGUUUGAAUCUUUUUUGGGAUUACUGAACAUCCUGUAUCUGGAUGUCUGUAUCUCUUGCAAGACUUAAUAAAUGUUUGACUAUUAUUUUGCUAAAUAGGUUUUCUGUGUCUCUUCCCUUCUCUUUCCUGAAACACUCAGAAUUUAAAUAUUUAUUUGGUCUGACUGGGUUAUUUCAAAAGACCUAUCUUCAGGUUCAGAAAAUCUUUGUUUUGCUUUAUCUAGUGUACUUUUGAAGCUCUCAGUUGCAUUUUUUAAUUUUAUUCAUUGAAUUUUUCAGUUCCAGGAUUUGUUUGGUUAUUUUUCUAUAUCUAUCUCUACUGACUGUCUUAUUCAGAUCAUGAAUUGUUUUCCUACUUUCUUUGUAUUAUCUGUGUUCCCUUGCAACUUGCUGAGUUUCCCUAAGAUCAUUAUUUUGAAUUCCUUUUCUGGCAUUUUUAUAGAUUUCCUUUUCUUUUGAAUCUGUUACUGGAGAAUUAUUGUGUCUCUUUGGAGGUAUCAGGUUUCCUUGCUUUUUCAUGUUUCUUGUGUCCUUGCUUUUUCCAAUUUUAUGGAUAGGCUUUCAUAAGGAAAGACUUUUUUGUAGGCGUAUCUGUAGUUGUGGUUGUGAUUAGGAUGUUUGGGGUUUGAUUCUGGUGAGCACAGGAGUGUAGGCUCAAUGAUUUCAGCUGUAACCAAUGUAACUGGUGUCAUGUAACCAUGUCACUGUGAGUCCUCAGUGGCUUAAGUUGCCAUUGUUAGUUGAGGCUGUUGUGAGGCUUUUCUGGGGAAAGGAAUGCCAGAGGGGCCAGUCCCUGGGCCUUUUGGUGGCAUGGGCAGGCUUUAGCUGUGGUGGCGAUGGGCUGGGCAAGCUAGUCCUCAGGACCCCAGCUGGUGUAAGUGCUGGUAGUGGGGGGCCCAGGUGGGCUGGUCCUCAAGUCCCCAGGCAGCAUUUAUGGUGCUGGCAGUGGCAGUAGCAGCAGUGGGCUAGACACUGGACUGUCAGGUGGCAAUCAUAGCUGUUGGCAGUAGCUAUGGCAGGAUGAAUGGGACAGUUUCUAGCCCCCUAGAUGAUGCACUUGGGUGGGCACUGGUGGUGGUAGGUGGGGCAGGCCUGUUCAGGCCUUGGGAUUGUGUGCGUGGGCACCAGUGGUGUUGGAUGGGGUGGGCCAGUCGUUAGGCCCCCCUACAGAGCAUAUAGGCACCAGUAGUGGCAUGAGGGAAAGAUGGCACUGGAGAACACUGGUGACAGUGGGUGGAGCAGGCCUGUCUUUAGGUUCUUGGAUGGCACAUAUGGACACACUGGUCCUCAGGCCCCCUGAAGGUGCCCACAGGCAUGCUGUUGCCCUGCUGAAAGGGGCAAGGUUUUGUUGGUGGCAUUGGUGUUGGGAAGAUGGCUCCCAGGUUCUGGGAGCUUCGGCUCCCUUUUUCCCUUUUUCCUGAGGUAGCCUCCCUGGUGUGCUACACUGCCUGUUCCCUGGGAUAUAAGACACUUCAUGGGUCAGAGUACUGGGGACCUGGCUGCAUUGCUGGGUGAUUGUGAUACUGCAACCUUCUGGAUGGAUGUGGGAGGAUGUUCUUGGGGGCCCAGGGAUGUGGACUGCUGGGGCUUAUUGGACCCCAAGGCAGGAUAUAAUCUGGUGGGGGCUAGGCUCUUAAAAUGGUGCUGUGCCACAGCAGCAUGUUUCUUGGGAUGUGAGUAGGGUCCAGUGGAAUUCCCUUUCUGGAAGAACACAUUUGCAUGGAUUCCAGGCAGCUCCAUAUACUGGACUCAGGGCCUGUGAAGGCUGACGGCAUCCCCUGUGGGUGCCAGCAUCUGUGCUGCAAAUGUGGACCCCUGCAGUUCUUUGACUUUUCUUUUCCCAGAAAUGGGAUUCCUCUCCUGCCUCUGAGCCAGUCCAAGACAUGCUGGCUGCUUUAUUUACUGCUCCUUUUGUGCCUCAGAAGUUCCCUGUCACUUCCAUGUUGAAUAGUGUUCUGUCUUUGGUGCUCUACCUGACACGUGGUUAACUACUUGCUUUUUUGGUCCUUUGUUGUGGAGGAGUUGAGUGCCAGGCUCACGGUUUUUUGAUUACCAUAGUUUUGUAGUAUUUUUUGAAAUUCAGAAGUGUGAGACCUCCAACUUUUUCUUUUUCAAGAUUAUUUUGGCUGUUGAGUCACUGAUUCCAUAUGCAUUUUAGAUGGAUUUUUCUAUUUCUGGAAUUCUGCCAUUAGGAGUCUGAUAGAUACUGCAUUGAAUCUGUAGAGUGCUUUGGGUAGUAUUGACAUCUUACCACUAUUAAGUCUUCCAGUACAUGAACACAGGACUCACUGUGGUUUUGAUGUGCAUUUUCCUGAUGACUAAGGAUGUUAUACCUUUUCAUAUGCUUAUUGGCUAUUUGUAUAUCUUCCUGGGAGAAAUGUCUAUUCAGAUUUUUUGCCAAUUUUUUAAUUUGUCCAUUUAAAAAUCAGGGUUUUUUUUGUUGUUGAGUUGUAGGAGUUCUUUUUGUAUUCCUUAUACUAGUCCCUUAUCAGAUAUAUGAUUUGCAGAUAUUUUCUCCCAGGUGGGUUGUCUUCACUUUCUUGGUAGUGUCUUUUAAUACACAAAGUUUUAAAUUUUUAUGAAGUCAAAUAUAUCUACAUUUUUCUUUGGUUGCUCAUGCUUUUGGUGUUGCAUCUAAGAAUCCACUGCCAAAUCCAAGGUCAUGAAGAUUUACUCCUAUGUUUUCUUCUAAGAAUUUUAUAGUUUUUGCUAUUACAUUAAGGUCUUUGAGCCAUUAAGAUCUUUGACUUAAUUUUUGUAUAUGAUGUAAAGUCACUGUCAAACAUCAUUCUUUUGCAUUUGGCUGUCCAGGUAUCCCAGCAUUAUUUGUUGAAAUGCCUACACUUCUUUAUAUUCCCUUGACUCCUCUAACCAAGGCAUUUGGACCUUUGCUACUACCACUGCCCUGAAACUGCUGUCACUGGGUUACUAAGGACUGGGUAGCUUAGUUGAGUGGAUAAUCUUGUUGUUUCCUCCUUGUAAUAUACAAGCCUUGGCUUCUGUGACAUCAUACUCUCCUAGUUUUCCUCCUGUCACUGUGGCUUCUUCUCAGUCUCUGUCCAUCCCUGGUGCUCCUGAAGGUUCUGUUCUCAGCCUUACACACAUUACCUGGGUGAUCUCAUUCUCUGCCGUGAAUUCACUUGCCAUAUAUGUGCUGAUUUUCCCCAAAUUCCUAUUUCUCUCGACCUUUACAUCUAUUUUAUUUGCAGGUCAUAUAUCUAAUAAGGAAUUGAUAUCCAGUGUACAUGUAGAACUCCUGUAAUUCAAUACAGAAACCAAACAGUCCAGUUAAUAAAUGGAGAAGAGAUUUGAAUGAACAUUUUUCUAAAGAACAUCUCAAGCUCAAGAUUUCCCAGAUAACUUUUCUUUCUUCAAAAUCUGCUUCUGUGUUUCCUCAUCUGUAUGUGGCACAGCAUACAUCUGAUUUCCUAAGCCAGAAACCUCAUAGUCAUUCUUGACUCCAGGAAGAAACAUUAUUGAGUUUUUAAAAACUUAGCUUAUUUACUCAUUGUUUUAUAUAAUAAAAUGCAACAGUUUUAAGUGUAUAUUUCAAUGGGUUUUAAUACAUUUAUGUACUUGUGUCACUAUCCUCAUAGAUAAAGAGACAAAACAUUUCUAUCACACUGGCAAUUUCCUAUGUGUCCCAUCCCAAUCAAUCCUUUCCCCUCUGCUGGCUCCAAGCAAUGACUCUUUCCUAUCUUUUUAGAAAGAUUAGAAUUUAUUUUCUAGAGUUCCAGUAAUGGAAUCAUACAGUGUCUAAGUCUAUUUGUGGUGCUAUAACAAAAUACCUGAGACUGGGUAAUUUAUAAAUUAUAGGAAUUUAUUUCUUACAGUUCUGGAUGCUGAAAAGUUUAUGAUCAAGGUACUAGCAGGUUUGUGUCUGAGGGCCCAGUUUCUAAUUUGAAGAUGGUGCUUUGAACACUGUCCUCACAUGGUAGAAGGGGCAGAUGGGCAAAAAAAAAAAAAAAAAAGUGGGGGCAAAUGCUGUGUGCAGCCCCUCUCAUAAAGGGCUUAAGCUCAUUCACCAGGGAAGAGCUCUCAUGACCUAAUCACCUACAAAGACCCCACCUCUUAAUACUAUUGCAUUGCAGAUGAAGUUUCAACAUGAAUUUUGGAGGGACACAAAUAUUCAAACCAUAGAAUAUAGUAAUAUAGUGUAGUUUAUAUUUUUUGUGUCUGUCUGCUUUUGUUCAGUGUAAUAUUUUUGAGGUUCAUCUAUGUUGUUGCAUGUAUCAGUAGGUUAUAUCUAUUGGUGCGUAGUUAUUCCAUUGUAUGUAUGUACCACACUCUUUAUUUAUCUGCUGAUGGAUAUUGCAUUGUUUCCAGUUUUGGGUUGUUAUGAAUAAAACUGCUGUUAACCUUAAAA